AUGUGUCUGCAUUUUCUCUCCUCAUUUCCGUUGCGCUUUAGUGGUAUUUUCCGGACUCAACAUACACGCAACGCUGUCAACCUCGACGUUGACCCUCGAUUUCAAUGCUUUGUCAGUGAUAUUACUAUCCGUUCUGGCACACUUGACCGCGUCGAACUCUUAAUCGCUGGAAAUAUAGCCAAAACCGCUCUCACGCACAAUCGUGCAUAUCGAAUCGAUGGCGAAGUUGGUGUUGGCGGACGUGAUACUGUUUCUAUUCUUUUCAAAGACGCCGCCCAUACUAUCAGCUUCGAUCAUGCCGCUGUUGAUCUCAGUUUGUUGUGCAACAAAGUAUCCGCCCAGGGUAUUGGCCAAAUCGUCGAUUGGAGUCGCAGAUCCGCAUAUGGCGGCAGUACCAACGUUGAAGUCAUCAGAGUUCACCAUCGAAGUCUCGCCGGUAAUCCCGUGGUCUUUGCCGCCGAUUACAUCCUCACCCCGUACAUGACAUUGCCAUUAUGUCAUAAUGCGUUGGCAAUUGGCAACAUUAUCAGUUUGCGCGGCCAUGUCAUUGGACACAACAUGGAAAACAAUAUCUGGGAAAUCGAAAGAUACAGAGCAUUCAUUGCAAUUGGCACGUUAGACGCAGCCAACGGCAGCGUGGUUACCCUCCGCUUUCUGCGUAGUAUCGAUCGAAAUUCAAUGAUUGGGCACAUCUCAUGA